GCCCCCCCUCCUGAUAUCCAUUGGUGCCAUGAUAGGCAGAGGUCUCCUCUCGACCGCGGCUCGGCCGGCUGGAGAAGAGGCAGAUUGAUUUGGGACGGUGGGUCGCAUCUGCGGAUGUUGUUCUGUGUGUGGAGCCUGUGAAUAUCAUCCGCGCAAACGCACCGUGAAUCUCACUCAGGGAAAAAGGAGAAAGAAAACAACAUGUCUUCUCGAUCUGCAUUACCGUCUGGAAACGACAGGAGUACUGGAGACCAUCAUGUGUCGCUGGGGGCCAGUCGCUCAGACAAGACCACCAGCCAGUCCAGUCGCUCACUGGGGGCCCGGUGUAGGAACUCCAUCGCCUCCUGCUCUGACGAGCAGCCGCACAUUGGCAACUACCGUCUACUCAAGACCAUCGGCAAGGGGAACUUCGCCAAGGUCAAGCUGGCCCGCCACAUCCUGACGGGCAAGGAGGUUGCAAUAAAAAUCAUUGACAAAACUCAGUUGAACCCAACCAGCCUACAAAAGCUCUUUCGGGAGGUACGAAUAAUGAAAGGCUUAAAUCACCCUAACAUAGUGCAGCUGUUCGAGGUGAUUGAGACUGAUAAGACCCUUUACCUAAUCAUGGAGUACGCCAGUGGGGGUGAAGUGUUUGACUACCUCGUGUCUCAUGGGAGAAUGAAGGAGGUUGAAGCCAGAGCCAAAUUUCGACAGAUUGUCUCUGCUGUCCACUACUGCCACACCAAGAACAUUGUCCACAGAGAUCUGAAGGCGGAGAACCUUCUGCUGGACGCUGACGCCAACAUCAAGAUCGCCGACUUCGGCUUCAGCAAUGAGUUCACGCUGGGCAACAAGCUGGACACGUUCUGUGGCUCGCCGCCCUACGCUGCCCCCGAGCUUUUCCAGGGCAAGAAAUAUGAUGGGCCCGAGGUGGAUGUCUGGAGUCUUGGAGUCAUCCUCUACACGCUGGUCAGCGGCUCGCUGCCCUUUGAUGGCCAGAACCUGAAGGAGCUGAGGGAGCGCGUGCUGAGAGGAAAGUACCGCGUCCCCUUCUAUAUGUCCACAGACUGUGAGGGGAUCCUUCGCCGAUUCCUGGUGCUCAACCCCGCCAAACGCUGCACCCUAGAACAAGUCAUGAAGGACAAGUGGAUAAAUACAGGGUAUGAAGGGGACGAUCUGAAGCCCCAUAUAGAACCUGUUGAAGACUACAGUGAUCCAGCUCGCAUUGAGGUGAUGGUCGGGAUGGGUUUCACUCCAGAGGAAAUCAAGGACUCUCUGCUCAAUCAGAAGUACAAUGAGGUCACCGCCACCUACUUACUGCUAGGCCGCAAAGGCGAUGAGGGCAGUGAGGCUCGCACAGCCAGUAGCCUGUCCCUGGCGAGGGUACGACCCAGCCCCAUCACCAACGGAACCAACAAGCACUCAUCAGCCACUGGCUCCUCUUCCUCCUCCACCUCUUCUUCACAUAGCAAGACCCAGCGCAGUGCCUCCACCUACCACAGGCAGCGGCGACACAGCGACUUCUGCGGGCCUUCCAUGCCCGUCAUGCACCCCAAACGGAGCCCAACCAGCACGGGCGAUCGGGAGCUGCGGGAGGGACGGAUGCCUUCACGUAAGGCCAGUUGCAGCGUGAUGGGGAGCCAUAGCCUCCCCCCCUCCAGCCCAAUGGUCAGCAGUGCCAACAACCCCAACAAGUCUGAGAUCCCAGACCGCCGCAAAGAUAUGACUGCCACCACGAAUAACAUCCCUGGAAGCGCUAUGACACGCCGGAAUACAUAUGUGUGCACAGACCGCUCAGGCGCUGACAGACAUUCGCUUCUGCAGAACGGCAAAGACAACAGCUCCCUGGGACACCGCAUGCCUGCAGCGUCUCCCUCCACGCUCAGCAUCGCUGGGGCCGGAGCUGCCUCCUCUUCUUCCUCUUCGGACAGAUGCCGCCUGACCCGCGGCUCCACAAUCCGCAGCACCUUUCACGGGGGACAGCUGAGGGACCGUGGGCCCCCCGUGUACUCAGCCCCGCCCACUUCUCCCACCUUGUCCCACCAUGACGCCAGUCCUCUGCCACACGCCCGCACCCGGGCCACCUCCAACCUCUUCACCAAGCUGACCUCGAAACUCACUCGCAGGGUCAACCUUGACCCGUCCAAGCGCCAGGGCUCAAACAAAUCAGUCUCGGGUUGUACUCUUCCACAAGGAUCAAAAACAGUUAGGUCACAAAUGAAUCUGAGGGAAUCAGGAGAUUUGCGGUCACAAGGUCAGUGCACGUGUUCCAGCUGUAUCAACAGCACUUAUUGCCAUCUACCUGGGUAUCAAAAAGCGUCCGAGCCCCGGGCCGUCGGACGUGGCUGGGAUCUGAGAGGUGGUGGGCGGCGGGACCCUGCGGAGGUGGUACUGGCUCUGCGGGAGGCGGCGCUCGGAUGUGGCUGCCAGGUCCACCAUGCCGGCCCCUUUCUGCUCUCCUGCACCCACGGCGUGGCAGGGGGCCGCGUGGCUUUCGAGGCUGAGGUGUGCCAUCUUUCCACAGGCACCUCUGAGACUUCUAACGGGGUGCGCUACACGCGACUCUGGGGGGCACCGCUAGCUUUUCGGGACAUUGCCACCCAAAUCUCUAAAGACCUUGAACUUUGAAUGGAGGGUGUGUUUGCGUAACCAGUGUGUGUUUUUGGGUGAGUGAGUGAGUGUUGAUGUGUGUGUGUUUGUGUACGCAAAAGGGAGAGGGGGGUGGAAAUAAUUGACAAAAAAAAAUGUCAGAGAAGGGGCUGGACCCGAGAGAAAAGACUUCUCCUUCUGUCUCUUUCAUGACUUACCCCCCCUGCACACACACACGCACACACAGAUAAACACACACCUGACCAGUAAAAUCACACAGACUGAAGCACCCCCCUCCACCCAAUCACCCCACCCAGCUCAGCCAACGUCUUCACUGAGCAACUGCACCCACUGGACCUGGAUCAGACGGAAUCUAGUUGAAUAUUUUUUAUUGCUACUCUAGCCAUAAUGACUCUUUAUUUUGUUAUUUAUUGCUCUGAUCAUUGUUUUUCCCCACUGUCACUUUCACCACCACAGAAAAAUCAUCUCUUGUGUAUUGGACGUCAUUAACCAGCCAGUCCUUUUUUUUAAAUUGUUCUUUUAUAUGUCACCUUUUCGCACACUGUUCAUUUCUUUUCCUUACUGAUGAUUAACUGCGACUUUUUAUCACCUGGGGACAAUAACAUGCACAAACGUGGAGAUGGUCUGACGAAAUCAGAUAAGCACCCACAGAGGGUUGCAUUGCUUUGACUUGUGUACAUACAGCAGUGACGACUGCACUGGAUUAAGGUCAGUGGGAGCAGGGUUGACAGGCCUUUGAAGCAGCCAAUCAGAGGCCGACCUGGAAUACAAAAAGCCAGUGACAUCUUCCAUCUGUACUAGCAGAGUCUCUCAAUAACAUUAGUUUCUCUGCAUGGGACUAGCAGAAAUUAAAAUGUAGAUAAUGUUAUUGAGACCCCUUGGUUAGCAGAAUUUUUUUCGCUUAUAAGAAAACAAGAACAUUUUGGUGCAGUGUUGAGUCUACCCCGCUAUCAAAAUGAAAUCAAUACAGCUGAUUUGGUUAAAUAUUAUAAGGUUAUAUAACUUUCAUACCAUUGUCAUUGAAUACUUUAUCUAUGCUGGCUCUAAAAGAAUGAGAUCUGUAAAGAUCUCAUGCUGCUCUCUGGUUGGCUGGAUUCACUGUCCAUCGGCACUGGUCAUCGUCAGUAGCACUCGUUCAAAGCAUUUGGAUUUUCCAACCUCCCGUCCUGUUUCACCUCUUUACCUUCCUUCAAAAGCAUUGUACUGAAGACAUGACAGCAGAUACACACACUCCAGAAUAUCUCUCCAAGUCAUAGCCCUUCAACUGUUAAAUCUUUCGAGCUAGCAUGAGCAACAAAUGCGAUUUGCCGUGCAAACCUUGCCCUUGAAAUCUGUCAGUUGUCCCGCCACAAAAUGAGAUACUGUUAAAAGACUGGUUUUAUUUUCAGUGCAAUGCAAUUCUUUGGUUCUAUUCUGUGAUUUGUAAUCUCACCUCAGCCAUCAUCUCAGCAUGUUGAUGGGAAACACCAAAAGCACAUCAGCCCAGCAGCGAAACCUCUCAGAUUACACACUCACUUUUACACACACUUCAAACGUCCACCCUCUCCUUUUGGUGGCACAGUCUAUAAACUGGUCUGUCCAUUAUUGAUGACUGGGCUGCAGGGGUCAGGGAGGAGUAUUCUGAAUCUGGAAAGGCACGAUGAAGGCAGUGUGCACAGUGUUUUCUUUUUGUUAGUCCAGUUGCCUUUAAAGUGAACAACCCCCAGCGCCUUCAUACAGUACAUAUUUAAUAUAUUAAAAAAAAGAGAGACAGAAAAACCUGAGAAAGCUUUCUAUUCUCCCUCCCUGUUUUUAGUGAAUAACGUACUGUGAUAUUUACGUAGGCUACAGAGAUCAUGUUGUUUGGCUGCUGAUUUACUGUUAAUACUAUCUCUCAGUUGUGGCUUUGCUCAUGGUGACCCAAAACACUCCCCCCUAUCACCACCCCCAUUUCCUCUCCCACCCAUCAAACUCCCAGACUCCCUACUUUUAUCAGGGAUGCCAACCUUAGCUGUCCACCACCUUCGUACGUACCACCAACUUUUUUCUAUCGUUACAAUGAGCGUUUGGCUUUCCUCGGCUCUUUGUUUGGGACCCUGUUUUCUUGCAGGGGAACACUCAGCCAUCAUCCACACUCUCACAUUGUAGACCCAUGUAUGACAUCUUCUCAGUCCUGUUUGGUGUGUGCUGUUUCAUGGAGCCCAAUGGGGGUGACUGGUGUUGACCUGUCCUCCUCCUCGCGGGUGAGAAACAGACACCAAUAUGGCACCAGGAGUCUGUCCUUGUCCUAUCCCUGGACGUUUCUCAUUGUGGUGUAUAUUAGCAUUAGGUAAUAUAGACCUCAAUGCACUUUGCUUUGACUUGAAUCAGCUCCUUCCAGUGUACCUGUAUAGGUAAUACCCAGAACUAGCCACUGGAGGGCGCCAAUGUCUUAAAUGUGAAACACUUCAAUUUGUGGAUAUUUGCACAGGUACUUUAUUUAUUUUUUAGAAUAAUAUCAUUUAAAAAAAACAGGAUUUAUAUCAGUCAGUUGAUGGCUGUAUAUAAAAUAUAUGAAUAUAGUAUAUAUCUUAGAGCUCAAGGUUUAUUUAUAGCUAGAGCAAGGGAAGUAAUUCUAGUUUAAAGCAGAUUCUGUCAGUGACAAUGGGGAACAAAACCAACCUGCAAUCCUGCAUGACUUCAGAGUUUGGGUUUUAGGGGGAAAAAAAUAAAACAUGAUACACACCUAGAAUCGGAAGCUUUGUGAAAUGCAGAUGCGAUCGUUUUUCGACAUGAAUUAAUACAAAGAAAUGGUGCUAAAUGUAGCACCAGAUUCUCCCCCUUUCACCAAAAUAAACAGGAAGGCUUGGGUAAAAUACAGUGACUUCACUCAACCUUGGCUUCUAAGUUCGUAGAAGUAUUUAGAUAUGCUAUGAAAUGUACCAGAACGUACAAUGUGUAAGAAAAUGGUUCCGUUUUAGAUCCAACAUGGACUCUUAGGUUGGGAAUAAAUUGUGCAGUUUGGUUCUAUUUUAACUUGAAUUUACACUGAUCCCAAUAAUGCCCUGACAUGUUGAAAGCCCUGGGUUGCAUUCAAGCCAUAGAAACAUUAUGUCACUGUCUCCUGAUUGCAAACAUGAAUAAAUCAGGUUGUUUGCAAAGCAUUUCAGUGGAAAUUCUAAGUAAAAGGGGCUAAAAAGCAAAUAACUUGUAAAACAAAAAAUGUAAAACAACUCACUCUUAGUAUAAGAUGGAUGAACAUUGUCUUAAGGUGGAAACUACUGUGAAAAAUUCUUGAGAAGAGUUUUGUUGACCCGAGUGUUGAUUAAGCACGUGUAUACCUGCUCAGAGACAGUGUGUCACUGGUCAGGUUUAGAUGGUGGAUGGUACAGUAUUAGGACCCAUAGGGGGCUCAGUAUUUAACAUGCACUGUCAUUUCAAAGCAGAUUUUGGAAGCAGUUGAUACUUCAGAGACUGAAGAACGCACACAGUUUGACCUGUAUGAGUAAUUUUACACUGCUCUACUGUUUAAUUCCUCCCCUCAGAAACAAACUGUAAACUGAGAUUGAGUGGUUGUGGUAUAUAAGGAGAAUACGGAGCUAAAAGAUUAAUAAAAUUCACUGAU